CUUUAUUAAAGAAAGUGCAUAGUGGAAUAUCCACAUGACGUAGUCGUGAAAAUGAUUUUUAGACUUAAAGUUAAUGAUAAUAUUCCUUUAUACUAUUUUUAUUUGAUAAUAAGUUUGUCUCAUUAAUUGUAAGCAAUUGUGAGUAGUAGUAUACUACAAGCAGAAAAUCGAUGAAGUAUUAACUUAGUAUUUUUGUAAAAGAUUAUUUAUAAUUUUAAAAUUAUUAAUUUAAGAUCUUAUUUUAAUUAUUUGAUAUAAAAAGUAGACAAACAUUUUAUGAAUCAUUUGGAUAAGGUAUUAUGUAAAUCAUGGAAAUAGAUAGUAAUGGUAUUCCUUAUUCAAAAAAAGGUGAUCAUGAACAAGAUAAGAUAUUACUUCAACCAUUUACUUAUAUUCUUCAAAUUCCUGGAAAACAGAUAAGAACUAAAUUAGCAAAUGCCUUUAACUAUUGGUUAAAAAUACCAGAUAAUAAAAUUCAGGCUGUUGGAAAUAUAAUACAAAUGCUACAUAAUUCUAGUCUUUUGCUAGAUGAUAUUCAAGAUAAUUCUAUUUUAAGAAGAGGCAUUCCAGUAGCACAUUCCAUUUAUGGUGUGCCAAGUACUAUAAAUGCUGCAAAUUAUGUUUUAUUUAUUUCUUUAGAGAAAGUACUUUCCUUAAACCACCCUGAGGCAACACAAGUAUUCACAGAACAAAUUUUAGAGCUUCAUAGAGGUCAAGGCAUGGAUAUAUAUUGGAGAGAUAAUUAUAUUUGUCCAUCUGAAUCAGAAUACAAAAAUAUGACUAUUAAAAAAACUGGUGGACUCUUCAACUUGGCUGUGAGAUUAAUGCAACUAUUCUCCACUUGCAAGGAAGAUUUUUCACAACUAGCAGGAAUUAUAGGUCUUUACUUUCAAAUACGGGAUGACUACUGUAAUUUAUGUAAUCAAGAAUAUACAGAAAACAAAAGUUACUGUGAAGAUUUAUCUGAAGGGAAAUUCAGUUUUCCUAUUAUUCAUGCGAUAAGAAGUCAUCCCGAAGAUCAUCAGAUAAUGAAUAUUUUAAGGCAACGAACUAAGAAUGUUGAAGUAAAACGUUAUUGUGUAAAUUUAUUAGAAAAAUUUGGAUCAUUUGCUUAUACAAGACAAGUUCUUGAAUCAAUUGAUAAAAAAGCUAGAGAUGAAAUAGAACGUCUUGGAGGAAAUCCAUUAUUAAUAAAACUUUUAGAUGAGAUUAUAAAUUGAAAUUCACAAGAAACUAGACUAAAAGUUUAAUUAAACAUUCUAUUAAAUAAUGUUAAUGCAGCAAAUGCUUAUUUUAUUUAAGAAUGUACAUAUAUGGUAUAAUACUUAACAUUUUUUGAUGUGUCUGUUCUAUGGAAUUAUUAUAAUUUUAACUAUAGUUUUUAUAUAAAUACCGGAAAUAUUAAAUGUUUAUAAAAAAUACAAUAUGAAUAGAGAAUGAUUUAAUUUUUGUUUUGAUGUGUCAUCAUUAAUGUGUUGAAAGUUAUUUAAAGUUUUUUAUAAAAUUAUUAUUUAUUAAAAUGAAUAAUAACCAUGUUACAGUAUAUAUAAAAGUAAUAUGUAUAUUGUAUAACAAUAUUGAGAGAAUUAAUAAUCUUUUUUGUACGUAAAAAAUUAAUAUCAAUUACUUAUAUAUUAACAAAAAUAGAGGUUAGUGUGAAAUGAUGUUUAUGUGGUGUAUGUUAUAUAAGUUAACAAUUUUUAUAAAUGGAAUUAAAUGAUAUUUUUAAUUUAUAUUUAUUGAUUAUUUAUAAAGGUUUAUAGUAAAACAGGCUUAAAUAACAGUAAAAUGUUUUCGAUAUUGAAUGAUUUUAAAUAUUUAUGUAUACCUUUUACACACGUAUAAAAUAUUAUUAAUUACAACAGUUCCAGUAUCAUUUUA